AUGUCGAACUCUGCAAAAUCCUCUCCAAUCAAGGACGUCGCUACUCAUUCAACAAUGGGAGGAGAUUCUCUUGUCAUCAACGCCAUUCCACUUUCAAGUAUACCACCUUUAAGUCCUGAGAAAAAGGUGAAGAAGACCUCGAAGAAGGAAAAGACACCGCGUGUAAACUUCAACUCUUCAUCUCCCUCUGCUUCAACUAAGAAAAUGAAGAAGAAGAGCAAGAAAUCGAAAUCUGAAUCGAGGAGAAGUUUUACAAUGUCUGAACUGCAUGUUGAUCCAAUUCCAUCGAGUGGCGUUGCUACUCCUGUCAUUAAUCCUGCAGAAGAGAAUGUUGACGCAUCUGGUAAGAAUUCUCUUAAUCUAGGUCUUGAUGUUCCCAAUUCUGUUGAAACCCUAGAAACCAAUGAUGUUGUUGCUGCUGAGUCUCUUAAGAAAACAGGUCCUGAGACUCAUGUUGCGUCAAGUGUUGCAACACCUGACGCUGAGCCAAAUGUUGUGCCAGAUGUUACCACAACUUUGGCACAGGAAAACCUUGUGAACUAUUCUGAGUCUGAUGAGAGUCCCCAACCUAAGGGUGCUGAUAAAGAGACUGUUCCUGAUAAGGUUGUCAAUGAGAAUCCUGAAGUUGUAAUUGUAAAUGACACAACUGUGAGUGACAAGGCUGGAAAAGGUACUGGUAAGAAGCCCCUAUAUGGACCUCCAAAACCUGUGAGUAAGGUGAUCCCUAGAACAGAGGCUAAGAAAAGGAAAGCUCCACCAACUAGUGACUCUGAGUUUGAGCCAGAGACAGAUGUUGCUGCAUCUGACAGCACAUCUAGAAAGAGUAUAGGAAGAAAGAAAGUUCCUCAAUCUGUUCCCUAUGCUCCCUUGGAUAAUGUAUCAUUCCAUCUGGAGAAUGGGUCUACUAGAUGGAAAUUUGUAUAUCACAGGAGGUUGGCACUAGAGAGGAACCUGAAGGAAGACAUCCUCCAAUGCCAAAGUGUUGUUGAAGCUAUUGAGUUUGCAGGAUUAAUGAAAACUGUUUGUGCAAGUCCUGAAUAUAGGCAAGUUUUUGUUCAUGGGAAAUGUGUAAAAUUCUCACCAUCUGUUAUUAAUCAAUAUCUGCAAAGGAAUACUGAAGAGGUGGCUGCUCUAAAAGUCACAGACAAUGAGGUCUGCAAGGUCCUCACAGGUGGCAGGAUAAAAGUGUGGCCUAGCAAGGCUAAGUUGGCUGCAACUUCUCUCUCUCCAUUUUAUGCUGUGUUAAAUAGGAUUGCUGCACACAAUUGGGUGCCAACAACCCACUCAGGUGAUGUGGCCAGAGGAUUGGGAAAGUUCAUUUAUGCUGUGGGUACAAAGGCAAAAUUUGAUUAUGGGGCCUAUUUCUUUCAAGAAACCUUAAGCCAUGCCCUGACCUAUGCUGUAGAGAAGCCAGUAGCUUUUCCCACUCUGUUAUGCAAUAUAAUUCUUGAACAACACCCAGAUAUUCUGAGAAGCACUGAUGUUCCUUGUGUGGAAACUAGUGGCUCUGAGGAUGGCUCUGAGGAUGUGAUGGAGGACUCUAAUGAAAGUUCUUCUAUCUGA